AUGGGGCGUCCUCCCCCAAUCCAAAUGUGGGUGGGGAAAGUCCGAGUCCUAGUGGGGACUCAGAUGAAGUAUCUGGGCCUCACUCUGGAUGGGCUUUGGGGAUUUGAACAGCACUUUGUACAAAUCAUCCCCAAAGCGGACAGGAUGGCGGCUGCGCUAGGCCGUCUCCUGCCCAACGUGGGUGGGCCGAACGUAAGAGUUCGGCGUCUGUACGCCAACGUCGUGCAGUCGGUGUCACUUUACGGGGCACCGGUAUGGGCCGAUAAAGUCCUGGCCAGUCGGCGCAUUCAAGCGAUGGUUUAUUGCCAACAGCGCCGGCUGGCCUCUAGGAUCAUUCGGUCCUACUGCACGACGUCGUUUGUGGCGGCCACGGCCCUGGCGGGCCUCCUCCCGGUCGAGUUCUUGGCAAACUCGUACGCCGAGGUAUAUCGGCGUACGAGAGACCCUGACCGAACCGGGAGUGCCCGUCUAAGACCAGGGGCCGUGGACAAAAUUAGGAAGAAUGCCCAUCGCAGAGCUAUAUCCCAAUGGCAGGAGGCCAUUGCGGAUUCUGCGACGGGCAGAUGGACCACCCACGUCAUCCAGCCCUGCCUGCCGGAAUGGGUAGACAGGCGAGGACAAGGACUUGAGUUCCACCUGACACAAGUGCUCACCGGGCACGGUUGCUUCGGUGACUAUCUGUGCAGGAUAGGCAAAGAGCAUACGACGAGAUGCUACCACUGUGCGGCCGGUCGGGACUCGGCGCAGCAUACACUCGCAGAGUGCGAGGCCUGGACGGGGGAGCGCCGAGCCCUGACCGCAGUGGUGGGAGAGGACCUCUCCCUUCCGGCAUUAAUUCAAGCAAUGUUGGAGGGAGAGGAGAAGUGGAGGGCCGCCUCCGAUUUCUGCAGCGCCGUAAUGCUGCAGAAAGAGGAGGUGGAAAGAAUCAGAAGGGGGGAGGCGGAGGAGGUGGACAGCACUCCACCAUCCUCCCCAUCUCUCUCCCCCUUCGCGGAGGAGAACGGGAGGCAACGGCGGCGGAGGUGCUCCCCCGACAGCAAUGCAACGGAGGAGAUUAAUCCCCCGUCGCCGUUUACCAGCUCCACGUAG